UGGAGGUGAGGGGUGGAUGAGUGUGAGGACGACAGACGGCCUGAGGCGGGGCCUUGGGUUCGAGGCCGCCAGCCCCUGACCAGCUCUGUGGCUCAGGCAGGUCUCGGCCUCUCGGGCCUCAGUUUUCUCCCCGUGAAGAUCGAGGGGCAUCUGGCGCACUGGAGAUCACGUGGUCAAGUGGUUGAGCCUUGUGGCCAGACCAGAGAGGCCCCCGCCUCCCGCUAGAAGCUCUGCUGUUCUGAUGGCGCCAUGAAGCUGAACGAGAGGAGUGUGGCCCACUAUGCGCUGAGCAACUCCCCGGCAGACCACAGGGGCUUCCUGCGCACUUGGGGGGGCCCGGGGACCCCGCCCACCCCCAGUGGCGCCGGCCGAAGGUGCUGGUUUGUCCUCAAGGGCAACCUGCUGUUCUCCUUCGAGACUCGAGAGGCCCGGGCCCCGCUGGGGCUGGUGGUGCUGGAGGGCUGCACGGUGGAACUGGCCGAGGCUCCGGUGUCCGAGGAGUUUGCCUUCACCAUCUGCUUCAACGCCCCUGGUGUGCGUCCCUACCUGCUUGCUGCCGAUGGCCCGGCCGCCCAGGAGGCCUGGGUGAAGGCGCUGUCCCGGGCGAGCUUUGGCUACAUGCGCCUGGUGGUGCGGGAGCUGGAGAACCAGCUGCGUGAUGCCCGCCAGAGCCUGGCCUUGCAUCGCCACUCCUCCUGGAGGGCCGUGACAAGCCCCUGCAAGCCCCAGCCUCCCGGCCAGCGGUCUCGGGGCCUGGAGAACGGCCACACCCUCUCCAGGGAGCACAGCCCUCAGGGCUUGGUGGAAGCCGGGGGCAGCAGGCCAGCAGGGCGGGGCUUGGCAGAAUGUGAGUUGCAGGGCCCUGCCAGCCUCCUCCUAGGCAGGGGCCAGAGCCCCGUGUCCCCUGAGACCUCUUGCUUCUCUACCCUGCACGACUGGUACGGCCAGGAGAUCCUGGAGCUGAGGCGGGGGUGGCAGCAGAGGGCCCGGGGGAGCCAGCCCGAAGGUCAGCAGCAGGAGGAGCCCUGAACUCGGACCCUUUGGGUCCUGCCCUAGUCCUGCGGGUCAGGACACCAGGGCCAGUUCUUUUUUUAGGAGUUUGAUGUUUACUCGUUUCCAAAGUUGCUUUUUUUGAGGAGGUUCUCCAGGAUUCAGAUCCUCCCUCACACCUGGAGAGAACCGAGGCAUCAUUACUUGUAACCCCUUCAUUUCCAGAGGCUCAGAAAGCAAAGGUGGCUUGCUCAGCAGUCGCAGAGGGUGCCCAGUCUCCUGACACUGCGGCGGACUGCCCCUCUCUUAGGGGGUGUUAACGAAACGGAGAAAGUAGGGAAUAUCACCUGCCUACAGGCCAGGCUCAGCCAGUCCCCAGCAUGGGAAGUUUUGUGUGCAUUUGAAAACGAGACGUUGGCUGCAGUGUUGGCUUCAGACGGGCAGAAUCAGAGAAAGUGGAUUUAUUACAUCCUGGGGGUUUCUGGGGCUAUGCUCUCCUGAGUGGUGGGGAGACGAGGCAUGUGAGCCCCAUCUACAGUCUGGGAGGGUCCUUUGGGGGAGAGGCCUCCUGCCAACACAGAGGGAGGUACUCUGCUCAGAAAGUGCUGGGCCCCGUCCUCUCUCUCCUGACAACAGGCGGUGCUGGAUGCUGACCCAGGAGGGACUGGUAGCUUUUAUGUCAGCAGAAACCCUGACUGCAUUCGGUACGCAGCUGCCAGCUCCUGGGCGGCCCAGAGGGAGGCUGAAGAGGUGGGCAGGCAGUGUGGCUCCCCAGAGAAAACCUGUUUUAUGUGGUUCUCAGUCCUGGGCAUUCUAGGAGCUUGGGCACAAGACUGCUGGUGCCCCGUGAUAAACCCUCUCCUGUCUGGCUCCCAAAGAGGACUUGUUCACAGUCCUGCUUGUCACCCAGUGGGUAUCUGCCAACACCUUCUCACUGCCACUCUCACUAGCAGGCCAGAUGUUUUCUUUUUCGAUUAUUCUGGCAGGCAAAGUGGCUGGCUCUAGAGAGCCAGAGGCCUGACUAGGCUGAUGCCCUAUGGGCAUGGAUGCAGAGACUGCGCAGAAAACACCCCCAUCCCCAAUACACCAUCUGCCCCUUAGCUUCUAUCACUGGGGCCUCGGCAGCCUGAACAAGGCCCAGCUAGCCCUAGAGCAGUGGUUCCCAACUUUUUCUUGGCCGUGUCCCACCUAAGCACCUCUAAAGUCCUGAUGCCCCCUCUCCUGUGACAAAGAAUUCUUAUUACUGAAAAAGUGAACUCCUAUGCACGUGGAGGAAGCCUAAAAGGCCACUAACUUGAUCUAAACAGGCUUCCAAAGAACAUGGCAUCAUGAAAGAAAAAAAUAAAAGAACGAAAGGAGAGUAGACAUAAUGAAAGAAAUUAUUAAGAAAUUUCUUAAGGACAGUAGACAUAAUGAAAGAAAUUACUAAGACAUAAUAGAGAACUGAAAUACAUAAAUAUGUCGCAAUAUAUAUUUAUAGACUGUACAGGAGUUCCCUAGAACCAUAAGAAAUGCACAAAAUUCACUGAUCAUGACUCUCGAAUUCCCCCUUUAAAAAUCAAAAUGUGCCCCACGCUGGGAACCAUGGGCCUGGAGGCUGAGGGUCAGUGCCUUAGGGUAAAGGCCGGGAGGCUGAGAUGCGGCCCGGGGGCCAGACCUGCUCCUGCCGGACUACUUUUCCACGAGGAGGGGCGCCUUCUCAGCCCUAAACGGAAGCUCCACAACCUUGUUUACAUAGACAUUCCAGGCCUCUCUCUUCCUUAUUGUUACAGUAACUUUUGUACGAUUAAAACACUACGUUCUUUACUCCGCUCUUCGUUUACUCAAGUUUAUUUCAGCAACCACCGGAGGGUGCUCCGCCAAGUUGUCCGGGGAGCGAAACUGAAAAAACCUGACGAGCCCCCCCACCGACCCUAACUAGCGGCCCGCCCCACCGCCUGGGCGUCGGCGGCGCCCUCGUGACGUCACGACGUCGGGCUGGCCCGGCGCAAAGGCCUCCCUCCCACCGCCGCUGGGACUGGGCGCACUGCGCGACGGCGAGGCCGGCCUCUCGGCGGCUCCGGAAGCCUCGCGAGGAUUGAGGCAGCCUUCUUUCGGAGGGCGUCGCCGGGGCCAGCCGCUAGGGUCCGGGUGCCGGGGAUGGCGUCCGGAGCGGCUCGCUGGCUGGUAUUGGCAUCUGGCCAAUCUGGGGCUCUGCGGAGAGGACUGAGCUUGAAGAA